ACAUAUGUUGUGAUUGUCUUUUGUAGUGACCCUCUUGCAUUUGUUGCCAGGAUUAGUAAGUUCCUUGGUCUAAUAGCUACUUCAUCGCUAACCCUCCUUAGCUGGUACCUGGAUGAUGUUGCGGCAUUGUUUUCCUUAGCUCGGAGGUGCCUUCUGUCCGCUGCUUACACAGACAGCAAACUAUGGGAAGAACGGCGUUCAGAUCCUCAAAAUCUCGCCAAACUGGCAAACUUGAUGGACAGAUCAUAUGAGCGGAAAUUCCCUGUCAGUUCAUUGGCAAUUGCAAGGUUUGUAGACAAUAUAUCUUCAAGAGAAGAAGUUGAUCAAGCAGAGUACUACUUAUAUAGGUUCCGACACAGCCCCAACUGCUGGUACUUGAGAGACUGGACAGUCCACAGCUGGAUCCGCCAGUGUCUGAAGUACGGAGCGCGGGACAAAGCCCUACAUACCAUUAAGAAUAAGGUGCAAUAUGGAAUAUUUCCUGAUGACUUCACUCUAAAUUUAGUAAUUGAUACAUUCCUUAAAAAUGAAGACUACCAAGGGGCAUGUUCUGUAGUGGAAGAGGUGAUGCUGCAGGAGGCCUUUGAUCGUCCCACCACUCAGAUCCUCUCCCUGUUUGCCCUCAGCAAAUACCUGGCCCUCAAGCCUGAUCUCUCGCUGGAGGAGCAGAGAAAUCUGGGAGCAUCUCUACUUCUUGCUGGACUGAAACAGGAGAACUCUGUGGGUGUGAGUGCUCAGUGCUUGGGCUAUACUCUCAUUGGAAAGAUGGAGAUGACUAAGGGAAUACAUGCAGUGUUCCGGCAGAUGCCCCUAAUGUGGACGCACGGCUACCUGCCACGGGCACUCGCUGUCAUGGAAACCGUGUCCACGGGAACUGGAGAUGUGAAAAUAUCCAAAGAUGUUCUGGACCGUGUGGAGUCUGUGCUUGAAGAGCUGUCUGCCCCAGAGGCCUGUGAAGGAGAGGAUCAGAGCUCUUCUGAUAGCGACUCUGAUAAUGAGACGCCAAAGAACACCCUGGAUGAGGAAGAUGAGCAGGAGAGGGCAAAGCUUCCAGAAUACACUGCCAAGUUUAAGGCUCUGCGUGCCCAGCUCCAGGCCUCGGGGAAGGAGGACGCCACCUCUCUGGAGGCCCUGGUCACCAGCUUGGCCCAGGGGCAGCUGCAGGCCGCCGAGCAGCCUGACGUGGAGCUUUACCAGCGCAUGGUGAGUGAGUGGGAGGCCGAGCGCUGGCAGCUCAUCCAGAGGGAGAAGGAGAGCAGGGAGAAGAUGGAGCAGAUUGCACAGGAGAGGAAGGCUGCGAGGUCCACUGCUUAGAGGCUCUCAGGCUGGGCAUGGACUGGCCAUGGGAGUGGGUCAUCUGGACAACGUCACUGUCAGAAGUCAAACAGGCCAGCCAUGGUCAUUUUAAGCCAUGGAAAAUAACCAUGGGAAUAAGUUAAUUAUGUAACAGGAGAUUAGUGAUGUUCAGCAUUGCAUAGCUCUCUUCAAGCCAUGCUGAAGGAACAGAGGAAUUGGCUGUUUGUUUUGACAGGCGAGCAAUAUACAAAUGCAGCUGGCAGUAAAAACCAGGUGCUUUUGCCGCCUGGUAUGGUAUGAAUUGUGGUUGAAUUGCAUUUUUUGUACCUCUGUAAAUAUACACAACACCAGUAAAUAAAAUACAUUUAAAAAUCCUCUA